UAACAAAGGGUAAAGUCUACAAAAACGCAUUCCUCUCUGUUUGUUUCAGGUAUGGAGAUCAAAAGCUUCAUGGUUAGAAGUUUAACAGAAUGCCGGCCAAAAUCCAUCCCUCUCCACCUUCUCUCACUACCGGCCACUGGGCUUCCUCUCAUCACCAUAUUUGUUUUACGCGGUGACGUAUUGAGCAUAACAAACAACUCAGGAAGAAUAUAUUUGAUCCAGGUUAGACAGCUACCUACACAUUCAAAAUGCUGAAGGCUGUGAUUCUCAUUGGAGGCCCGCAGAAAGGGACACGGUUUCGACCGUUGUCAUUUGAGGUCCCAAAACCCUUGUUUCCAGUUGCUGGUGUGCCCAUGCUACAGCAUCACAUUGAAGCAUGUGCCAAGGUGCCAAAUAUGAAGGAGAUUUUGCUUGUUGGCUUUUACCAGCCAAAUGAAGAACUUACCAGAUUCAUUUGUAGCGCACAGCAGGAAUUCAAAAUCUUAAUCAGGUAUUUGCAGGAGUAUGCUGCUUUGGGCACUGGGGGUGGAAUCUACCACUUCAGAGAUCAGAUUCUAUCAGGUGGCCCAGAGGCAUUUUUCAUCAUGAAUGCUGACGUGUGCUCUGAGUUUCCUCUACCAGAGAUGCUCAACUUCCAGAAAGAACACGGAGAGCCAAGCAGUUUCGUCAUCAUGGGGACAACUGCAAACAGAAAGCAGUCCAUGAAUUAUGGCUGUAUUGUGGAAAACCAGCAAACAAAUGAGGUUUUACAUUAUGUGGAGAAGCCUAGCACUUUUGUUAGUGACAUCAUCAACUGUGGAAUAUACCUGUUUACCCCGGAGAUCUUCCAACACAUUGGGGCAGUCUUCCAGAAGAACCAGCAGGACAUGCUGUUAUAUCCAUAUGAGGGAGAUGAGCAGACCAAUGGCAACGGCUGGCAUCGGGCUGAGGCCAUUCGGUUAGAACAGGACAUUUUCACAGCCCUGGCUGGGCAGGGCAAGCUCUACGUCUACAAAACACCUGCCUUCUGGAGCCAGAUCAAAUCUGCAGGGUCUGCAAUAUACGCCAGUCGGUUGUACCUUAACCAGUACCAUAAAACACAUCCUGAAAGACUGGCUACAACUGAGGAUGGAGGGCCUAGAAUAAGUGGAAAUGUUUACAUUCACCCAACAGCCAAUAUUGACCCUACUGCGGUGUUGGGUCCCAACGUCUCAAUAGGCACAGGAGUGACCAUCGGGGCUGGGGUGCGUGUGAGAGAGUCCAUCAUCCUCCACGGGGCUACCCUACAGGAUCACAGUUGUGUGUUGAACUGUAUAGUGGGGUGGGACAGCACUAUUGGCAAGUGGGCCAGAGUUGAAGGAACUCCCAGUGACCCAAAUCCAAAUGACCCCUAUGCAAAAAUAGACAGUGAAACACUCUUCAGAGAUGGAAAACUCACACCAUCAAUCACCAUUCUUGGUUGUAAUGUGACUAUCCCAUCGGAGGUGAUCAUACUCAACUCAAUUGUUCUGCCACACAAAGACCUCAACAGGAGUUUCAAAAACCAAAUUAUACUGUAGUUAAUUUGUUGCGUUCUGUGUUCAUUUAGUGUCAAACUAAUUAAGGAUUGUAGCUUGAAGAACAAUGUCACUGGGUUAUUGUAUAGAAGAUGACACUAGGUGUUGGAAAGAUUGUAGGUUUUAGCCUUUAAAAUUAAAGGAUGUAAUGAGAUGGUUUGGAGGAUGAUAGUGGGUCGGUUAGAUUACCUCGACAUGAAUGUCAUCCCGUAACUUUGAGCAGCCGCCCGCCUGCGUUUUGGUAAAACGCUGAGGAAUGAGUCUGGAGAAAUGUAAACCACUCAAUUUCAGAGCUAUGGAUGCAACCAUGUUGAGGCUAGACAGUGUUUAAACAUUGGUGUAAAACAAGCUUUUAUUUUGGAUUCUGAUGGGGUACGACAGUUGAGCUAAGCACUAGGUAUAAGUUGAUCUUCAAGAAUCAGAAGGGUGUGUGCACACAAUUAAGUCAAAUGGAUGUAGGAACUAAGGAUUCUAAUUUUACAUUUCUGCACUAUCCCUAUGAUUAGCUCUGGAUUCACUACCAUGUAAGGGAAAUUAAAACAAUAGUUAUUUUGGCAUAGGGUUUGGUAGCAGUACUUACCAUUCAUUGGUGCUAGCCUAGUUACUGAAAUGUCAUCUUGGAAAAAAGUGAAAGUCUGCAGCUGAUUUAGUAAGAUUGCAAAAUGAAAGGAAUUGGUUUGCUGUUUAAUUUGGAGGGGUAAUUUGGGGGCCUUUUUACAUGUGCUUUGAUUAAAACAUGAACAUUAAUUGCA